CACACUCUCAGCCUCUCUCUUGCUCUCGCUUUGUGGUAUUCUGGUGAGAAUGAGCUGAAGACUUUCAUCACCUGGAGAUUUUCUCUGUUUCUCCUUCUUUGGUUUGUUGACCUUAUGGAAGAUCAGUCCAGAGGUCCUGGCGGAGUUCUGUCUGUCUGGACACAGUAUAAUGGAUUAGAGAUUAUGCUGAUGUUGAGUAUGGCUUCAUGACUGAGGGAUUAUCUCUGAAGUGGGUGUGGAUGUGUGUGUGCGCGCAUGUACAGAGACCCUGAGCCAAGUUGUUGAGCUGAUGCAGUGUGUUAUACAGUGGGCAUGGAGGAACGUCGUGCCCUGAGGGGGUGUGGCUGUUCAAACCUCUUUCAGAAAGUUUUGGCCACGUGUGAAUGCUACUCCAUCAGAGAUCAAGAGUCUUUCUCAGGACUCACUGAUGUCACUCCUGACUCCUCUGCCAGCUUUCUUCCCCCUGGUGACCACUCUCCCAUCUCCUCUGGUGACCACUGGCCAGCAGCCCCAAGCACUCAAACCCCCUCAUCUCCCCAGCGCUCUGUCAAAGCUCUGAGGCAGUGGCUGAGCAGCCCCUUCUGCAGGUUCAGCCUGGGACAAAGGAGCAAAGGCCAGAGGCCAGAGGUCAGAAAUAACUCAGAUCGACGGUCCUUCCCAUUUGUGCCGCUCUCACACAGCUAUAGUACAGUGAGCACUGCGAGUGAGUCCAACUGCCAGUCCGCUACGGAUGGACCACCGGAAUUGAACGGGGCUUCAGAAGUCAAAGUAGCUGAUGAUACAGUUUAUCCCAGCCACAUAACUGAUCUCAUACAGAACCAUCAUCCCUGCCAACUCCUCCCUGGUGAAGGCAAUUCAUCUGUGACUGACGAGAAAUUCAGCCAACCAGUGGGCCUUGAAGACAGUGAAGAAGAUAGAAAGAAUGCCUUAGAAAAAAGCAUAUAUGUGCUAACAGAGCUGGUAGAGACAGAAAGGCUAUAUGUGGAAGAUCUCGGCCACAUAGUUGAGGGCUACAUGGCCACGAUGAAUAACAGUGGAGUUCCAGAGUAUAUGAAAGGGAAAGAUAAAAUAGUAUUUGGAAAUGUUCACCAAAUCUAUGACUGGCAUAAGGACUACUUCCUUGGUGAACUGAAGAAGUGUGUGUCUAAUCCAGAGCAGCUGGGGCAGCUCUUCAUCAAACAUGAGCGGCGUCUUCACAUGUACGUGGUGUACUGUCAGAACAAGCCCAAGUCUGAGUGCAUUGUCUCAGAGUACAUAGACACCUAUUUUGAGGAUUUAAGGCAGCAGUUGGGCCACAGGCUGCAGCUGAAUGACCUGCUGAUUAAACCUGUUCAAAGGAUCAUGAAGUAUCAGCUUCUACUCAAGGACAUCUUGAAGUACUAUGUUAAAACAGGGAAACACACAGAAGAACUUGAGAGAGCGGUAGAGGUGAUGUGUUUCGUUCCUAAGCGAUGUAAUGAUAUGAUGAAUAUUGGAAGACUGCAAGGUUUUGAGGGGAAGAUAACAGCUCAGGGGAAACUGCUUCAGCAAGACACUUUUGCACUCAUCGAACAGGACACUGGCGUCCUGCCCCGCCCCAAACAGAGGCAGGUCUUCCUUUUUGAGCAGCUCGUCAUCCUCAGCGAGCCAAUCGACCGCAAGAAAGAAUUCUCUCUGCCAGGAUACAUCUACAAGAACAGCAUCAAGGUGAGCUGUUUAGGGAUAGAGGACCGCUGCCCUGAUGACCCGUGUCAGUUGGUUCUGACAUCUCGUGCUGCCAGUGGAAGUGUGCAGCGGUUUGUCCUUCAGGCACCGUCUCCAGAAGUCAGACUGUCCUGGGCCAAUGACAUCAUUCAGAUUCUGGAAACACAGCGCAAUUUCCUCAAUGCCCUGCAGUCUCCUAUCGAGUAUCAGAAGCGUGAAAGUAAGUCUCUCAGUCUGGGCAGAGGCAUAAGGACGUCAACUUCUGUGAACUCCGCCCUCGGACCCUAUAGCUCCACCUCCAUCGACAGCCAAAAGCACCCAUGCCUGCGAGCCUGCAACUCCUCACUGCCCACCAUGAUCCUGUCUAAACAAUAGGUAUCUCUGUUUGCUACAGUACUAUAACACACUGCAUUCUAGGGCUGCAACGGUUAGUCGACAAACUUCAUUAAGGAAAAAAGUUGGGGUUUUUUUUUGCGCUGAAUACAUAAAGUUGUAUCCAAGCCUAUUUAUUGCUGUUUGUUGUUUUGUUUUCUGUGUUAUACAGCAUUGCAACCUUAAGUCUCAUCCGUUUGACAGAAUUCAUGAUUUUAUACCGCUUCCGUGUUUACUUUCAUCAUUGUUAUUUCACUACAAUACCCAGCAUGCAUUUUACAAAUACAUCAUACAACUACCGGAUAUCCUUGUGGUGUCGAGCAGUCCUAUUUGCUAACUUAGGCACUGAGCUAGGCUAAUAAACACAAACGCAAUAAUGACUGUAACUCUCACCACGGCCGUCAAAGAAAAUUGUAAAAAAAAACAACGAUUCUAUCUUUAUUUAGCACAAAAUGGAGACUUCUACAACAGUUAUACUGCUGCAAUAUGAUAUUU